GACCAGUUUCCUGUCACAUGUCCGCUACAGUAGGAUCAUAUGACCUCAGUCGAUGAAAAUGAAAGCUGGGUGCAGCCAGCUGAAACCUGUGGUGCUUAUUUUGAUCUUUAAUUCGUGUUUUUACGCAAGUUAUCAACUGACUGGGCUGCAGGUAUGUGAGCUGUGCAGUGGUGCGGUCCUGAAUGGGUCCGCAGUGGGCAUGUUUUGCUCCUCAUCUGCUGGUCGGAUAGACGGGCGAUGCUGCUUGAGAAAUAACAACACAGGCGACCCUGAACACAUCAUUGGGUUGGAUCUGUCCAAUUGUUCACUAACUCACAUGGAGGAUCUUCAGGGAGCAUCAACAGCACUAAUAAUAGACCUCUCACGCAAUCCCAUAGUGAACAUCAGUGACACAGCUUUUCAAGGAUUCAUUGAGUUAAAUUACACGAUUUUGCCACAAGACAUAUUUUGUCCAGGGGGCAACACUUCUUGGGAAAUGGUGGAGGUCAAAGAUGGAAACCGUCUUUGUGAAGGCCAGAAAAAUAUGUGCAACCAGACUGGACAGCUGUCCCUUACCUGCCCGGAGAACUCCCUCUGCGGCCCCUACGGCCCCGGCUUCUUUGAGUGCAGCUGUGUUGACAGCUACCAUGGAUACAAGUGUCUUCGAGAGGGGGAGUUCCCAGCUCUCCAGGUGUUUGGGCCUCUUGGAGCAUCAACAGUUGUGAUCUCUGUCCUGCUGUGGGUCACCCAGAGACGUAAGGCCAAAUCACUCUGAGGCUGAACUGCACUCGACUCCUUUAUCUGCAGUAAUUUACUGACCUGAAACUGAAAGGGAAAAUGCUGAUGCAAAGUCUGAGGUGACUUCAGGCUUCUUUUAAACAUUAUAUUUUAUUUUACUUUUGUGUUGAAGCAUUAUUUUAUCUUGGGGAAUUUUAUAAACUGGCAUUGACUUUUUUUCCUACAUCAUCAGUACAAUUUUUAGAGAGUAAAUUCAUUUGAAACACGUUGCUCCAUAUUUUAAAUUGUUUUAAAUUUUUAGCGAUAAUAUCACUGUCAUCACUUUAAUUGUAUUUUAAAUGCAGUUGUCUGACACAAGACGCUAAUGAAGAAUCUGUGUUGUGUAAAUUCUUAGGAUUCGCUCGCUGUUAACGGUGCCAAACAUGCACUGAAUCUGUACAUGAGUUUACACGGUGAAACUACUGUUCAUGUCCUGAUGCACAUUUUAGUAAACUUGUAGAAUUUGGCUAAUUGUUUACUGCAUGUUGAACAUGUACUUCACUCAGAGCAAAAACAAGUCAGGUUCACUCUAUGAUUUGUGACAUGAACCAUCUAUAUUAAGUUAUAUUUUAAAAUGCAAGACAAUGACUUUAACUAGCACAGUAUGUUAUUUAGUUGUCACUUGCCUUUAUGCUGUUACCACAUCUUGUAUGUUUUCGACUCCGAAAUGAAAACAUGUUGUGUGCCUGCUGUUGGGUUACACUGAACUCAUCUGAUAAAAUGUUGAUUAGUCACAUGUGGAAAAAGUUUUAUCUUGAUGGGUGAGUUGUUUUAUGUUUCUUCCUGGUGGGAUUCAUGGUUCUAAUAAAAUAUUUUAAAAGUA